GGUACCGGGUUGCAUCAUCACACCCACGGAGAGUUCGGGCCAAAGUGCAACGUCCGUUCAGCUCAAUUGCACAAUUCAGCCUGUAUAUUUCUAAAUGUUCGCUGUGACAGGAAUUCAGAACACAACUCCGACUUCGUUGAGAAGCACCGAAAACAGAGAAACCUUUAUCAACAUUUCGAGUAUGAAGACUUCUGGUGAAGCCACUAAGCCAAGUAUGGAGUGUGAUAUGAUUGAACCUAUGGAGUCUGGUCCAGGCAAUGUAGUAGUUCUUGACUCUUCCUCCGGGGUUGAUAUCAUCACUCGUGUAACACAAAUCCCCGUGGUGAGCUCUACCAUUGGACAGGUAACCAACAUGUACACUUGGACCAAGGGGCGUAGCACACUUGCCAACAGGGCCCUUGGAUAUGCUGAGAAGUCUGUGGUUGUGGCAGCCCAAACAGCCAAACCAGUGGUUGACCGCUUUGAGAAGCCAAUUUCCAUGGCCAGUGAGUUUGCCUGCCAUCAGCUGGACAAGUUGGAAGAGAAGGUUCCCCUUAUCAGCAAGCCAACUGACGAGGUGGUAAGCACCAUACAAGAUGGUACCCGACAGGUGAUUGAAGGCACUAAGCAGAAGGGAGUAGAAGGCCUGAAUAUGCUGAUGAAUACCCGCAUGGGUAAGGUGGUCUCCUUUGGAUUGGAUACGGCUCUGGCUGUGUCUGAGAUUGCUGUGGAUUACUACCUGCCUCCUGAUGAUGCUGAGAAGAAGCAAGAGAUGAAAGAUGACUAUGAUGAGAAGGAGACAGAGAUGGAGAAGGAAUCACCCAGCUCUGUCCAACGUGUCAAUACUUUGAGCAAAAAAGUACGUCGUCGUCUGCACAAAAAGGCCUUGAUGAACAUCCGCUAUGCCCAGAAACGCAGCCAGGAAACCAUUCAAAAGCUGCACUUUACUGUUGAUCUGAUUGACUAUGCCAAAGAGAGCAUUGAUGGAGCCAAUCAGACAAUCCGUACUAAUGCAGAAGCAGCCCAGGAGAAGCUAUGGAACACCUGGAAUGAUUGGACCACCACUGAGGAAGGAAAGGAGAAGGAGACUGAGCAUUCGGAGGUGACAGACAAGGAAGGAGAACAGAAGACGCUGGCUAUUGCACGUGCGCUGGCAGGACGUCUGCGUGGACUGACUCAGAAUAUUGCCAGCUCUGUGGCCAUCUUGCCUCAGCACAUCCAUGGCAAAGUGGAGGAAGCCCGAACCAUGGCUGAUAACAUCUACCACUCAUUUGAAGAGGCUCACUACUUCAGUGACAUCUCCUCCAGCCUGCUGACUACCUGCCGGGAACAGCUCAACAAUCUGUCCCAUGUCAGUAUGCAAGUGGCUAAUUAUGUCAUCAAUUCCUCACCCGUGCAGUGGCUGACUCCCAAUGAGAUACCCAAUGUGGAGAUGGAAGGUAUCGAGUUUGACUACAUACCAGGCUCAGACCAGAAUGACGUGGACCUUACCAGUGAUUCCAGUGAGUUCUAGGCACGAUGUGUUGUAACAAAGUUGUCAUCUUUGGACCAUCAGUAUGGCAACAUUUCACUUUGUUGUAUGAAUUCACUAAGUAGCAUAGCAAAGCAUGUUGAUUUAAUGUAUUUGGCAAAAAGAGUUUGUCUGGUGAUAUUUCAGUAGAGUAGACUAUUGGAUUAGCAAUAUUGUCAAGAUGGCCGAAGUGAACCACAGGAAAAUCCUAUCAUGCAAAUGCAAUAUGAUGUAUUUCAUGCCAUUCAUGUAAUUUCCCCGCAGGCUGCAUAGAGUGACUAUAAUCUCUGCACUCGUAGCAGAUAACGUACCGGAACAACAUGUUUAUCAUGUGUUGCACCAAUGAUAGAGUGUUUUAGGUUUUUUGCACUUAUUUCUUUACUUUCUAAUUUAAAGAUGAGAAAUGAAGUAAUCAUGUACUUCCUUGUAAUUUGAUAGGAAUCAGGUCGUAUUUCGGGGGAAAAGAUUGGGAAAAUGACCAAUUUAUAUGCAUGUAAGGUUGCCAAGCAAACAAUAUUGCCGAACUACAAGUUUUUAAAAUAAAAUAAAAAUUAAGCUUUUGAAAUGAGUUGGCCAAAGGUUUGCUGUUAUGAACAAUCGUGUACAGUUUGUGAAUGAGAGCAGCUCAUACAGGGUUGUGAAGCAAACGUUAGCAUCAAAUCUUACAUGUACGUGUGAUUCUGGUUUUUACAUUGAAAACCAGAGGAGCCAAGCUUGGUACUUCCAUCAUCAGCCCCCCCCCCCCUCCAAGAAAUUGUCCCCAGCUUCAAACUAAGUCUCAAUUCAGGAACAUUCUGCGCCGCGCCACCCCAAAAAUAUUCCUCAACAGUUUUCCCUCCCUUACCCAUAAAAUGUUUUAGGUCUAUUCUGUACUCUAUCAGUUGUUCAGUUUAAUGUCAAAUGAUAGCCUAGACCUUAUUACAGUAGAGAAUAUAACAAGGGUUUAUAACUUCACCUACACUAUUCAGAUAGCCACUGUCUGUGAAAGAAGGCCAUUUUUUAAUAAUUGUGAAACAGGAUGGUAUGUAGAUCUUAAAAUGUAAUUCAUGAAAUAUUGAUUCUUACUAUCUCACUCAAUUCAGCAUUCUGUAGUUUUUUUUUUUUUUUUGACUUGCACAUUCUAAAAGGAAGUUAGUUUUGUUCUGAUUGUUUUGGGGUUUUGCAAGCUUCCAUAGAACUGGAACAUGCGUAUGGAAUGUUCUGAUUAAUGUUGUCAUUUGCAAAUGUCAUGAAAUUAUUGCAAAAGUGUGGUUUAGUAACUCUUUUAUAACUGAGAAAUGAAGCAAAUUUAGGUUGAAAAUAUGAAGUCAUUUGAGUUCAGUGAACUCUUUAUUUUCAAACUUGGGCCCAUUUUCAUAGCGCUGCUUAACAGCUGAUUUUAUGCUAACUGUGCCUCUAUCAUAAAGAUCUUUAAGCAGUAAGCACAGUGAAAAUAUGCUAAGUUGUUUAAAUCUGUGAUGUAUUAACAAUAGAAGUCUCCAUGCACACGCGACUGUUAUCACAUCCACGCCAUGAAAUAGUGCUUACACAGGAGCACCAUUUUCUGCUGUAGUAAGCACAAAUUUUCUGCUAUUACUGUUAAGCAGCGCCAUGAAAUUGGGCCCAGCUUUUAUCUUUACUUGCAUAAAUACUGUUUUCAAGAUCAAAAUGCAAAAGUAGCUUACUUUUUUGUUCCACUACUGAAGCGCACCGUUUGAAGUCGAUUGUCUGUAGUUGUAGAAAGCCUUGUAUUGCAUCACCGUGAUUAACAAAAAAAUCUGCAUUGAACUUGAA